CAUUGAUGGCGCAGGGAACUCUGGGAAUUGUAGGACAUUGCCCGCUUUGUCAGCUCGGCGCUUGACAAAAAAAACACUAGAUUUGUGUUAUUGUAGCUCGAUUUUGAUAUCUUAUAACAACACUGUUUUUCGACAACAAGUGACAUGUGUACCGUAUUUAAACUCCUUCCCAAAAUGCUUGAUAGCCGCUGGUUAUCUGAGGGUUUGCUUGUUUUAAUACCCGGCGUACACCGACGUUUGGAGACAAGUUUUCGCUUUUACUAACCCUCGCUUUAAUGUUACCGGGAUGCCCCGGUGUCAAUAUCUAGUCUAUCAGCUGCUCGGUUAGCUUUUAGCACCGUGACUUCUGUAUUUGUCAUAACCUGUGACAUAUAUACCUGUGUCGCGCUAUUUAGGUUGUAGAGAAUAUUUAAUUACUGUCGCAUAAAACAGGUUAUUGACAUUCCUCGCUUUUGAAGCAUGUAGAUAAGUUAGUAAUUGUAUACAGCUGACCUUGGAUGUAUAGAAGUAGCCUAAUAUUAACCACCUAGCAUUAAUGCUAGCUUUCUUCGUCGGUUAACUUUUAUUAUUCUAAUUUUCACUUCUGUUGAAGAUGGGGGAUGAAGCCUACUCGGACAUUAGUGGCAAAACAAUAUCUCUGGAGUGUCAAAAUCACUCUAGCUUUUGCAGGGAGUUCACUGUCAGCUCCCCUAAAAUGUCCAUCGGUAAGGUGAUGGUGUACACCUGCUGUGUGUGGCUGGCUGCAUAUACUGUGUUCUUCUUCACUCAAAACACCGCCGUGCUGUCCAGUGCCAUCCUGGUCACCCUGGUUGGAAUGAUGCUCCACAUCCACUUUGUGAAGGUGGAUCAUGAGUCGGUGCUCCUCAUCGGCACCGUGGGCAUCCAGGUGUCCUCCAGUUACGCCUCUGGGCGAGAAACGAGCACUUUCAUCGAAAUGAGCCAAGUCAAGGACAUCGCCAUCAACGAAGCUAUUUACUUGCAUCAAAUCAUCUAUUACCUCUGCAUACUUCUGAAGGACCCUUCAGCUUCUGAUGGAGUGUCACGUAUUGUUCCCUUGUUUCAGAGCUCAAAGCCAAGGUUGAACUGUUUGACUAAAGUUUACAAAAGCUGUCAGGAGAUUCUCUCCAAGUGCUGACAACAGUCAACGCCAGGUCAUGAUUUUAUACAUUAUUUGCUUAUUUUAUAGAGGAUUUUCUCUUGUGUUUUCCCCUUUCCCAAAGUGCAUGAAUACACUCACACAAUAUUAAAGGGUCUGUUUGCAAUUUGCUCGAAGUUACAUAUUUCAAACCAAAAACUAUAUAAAGGAAUCCACAUGCUAGCUUUUGUUAUUCAAUAAAUGGUUUAACAGAACACACACACAAACACGUAUAUACAUUUACAGUACAGGCCAAAGGUUUGGCCACACCUUCUCAUUCAAUGCGUUUUCUUUAUUUUCAUGACUAUUUACAUUGUAGAUUGUCACUGAAGGCAUCAAAACUAUGAAUGAACACAUGUGGAGUUAUGUACUUAACAAAAAACGGUGAAAUAACUGAAAACAUGUUUUUAUAUUCUGGUUUCUUCAAAAUAGCCACCCUUUGCUCUGAUUACUGCUUUGCACACUUUUAGCAUUCUCUCGAUGAGCUUUAAGAGGUAGUCACCUGAAAUGGUUUUCACUUCACAGGUGUGCUUAAAGCUCAUCAAGAGAAUGCCAAGAGUGUGCAAAGCAGUAAACCAUCCGCUCGGGAUGGUUUCCUGCUGGCCCCACUAUUGACUGGACUCUCACUAUUGUGUUAGAUCCACUAUGGACUGGACUUUCACUAAUAUGUUAGAUCCCACAUAUGCGGUCCUCUCCAAGGUUUCUCAUAGUCAUUCACAUCGACGUCCCACUGGGGUGAGUUUUUCUUUGCCCUUAUGUGGGCUCUGUACCGAGGAUGUCGUUGUGGCUUGUGCAGCCCUUUGAGACACUUGUGAUUUAGGGCUAUAUAAAUAAACAUUGAUUGAUUGAUCAAUGUUUUGACUGGACUUUCACAAUAUUAUGUCAGACCCACUCGACAUCCAUUGCUUUCGGUCUCCCCUAGAGGGGGCGGGGGGGUUACCCACAUAUGCGGUCCUCUCCAAGGUUUCUCAUAGUCAUUCACAUCGACGUCCUGCUGGGGUGAGUUUUCCUUGCCCUUAUGUGGGCUCUGUACCGCGGAUGUCGUUGUGGCUUGUGCAGCCCUUUGAGACACUUGUGAUUUAGGGCUAUAUAAAUAAACAUUGAUUGAUAAUCGAUUGAGUAAUCAGAGCAAAGGGUGGCUGUUUUGAAGAAACUAGAAUAUAAAACAUGUUUUCAGUUAUUUCACCUUUUUUUGUUAAGUACAUAACUCCUUGGCGUUUAUGCUUGUUACUCACCACUGUCUUGUACGUGCAGGAAGUGCGAGCACGCAUUACUCACAGGCAUUGUUAUGUCAUUACGUGCUGAAAGCCAUAAGAGAGCGGGAUAUAAUGCUUACAACACUUUAGAAAGUUUGCGCUCUCUAGACAUCUGCAUAAAAGUUGCAAACAGCCACCUGCAAGAGCUGUGUUAUAAUUUGGCCUUUGUAAAGAUAAUAAUGUAGCAUGUGCACAAUAAUAGUGUCAUUUAUUGUUAGGAUAUAAUUUAAUUGUUUAAUAGUUGCUUUAGACUAUAAAGAAAAGUUAAACAUGACAAGUUUGCCUGUAUUGUCAUUUAUUGUUAUAAUAUAAUUUAAUUGUUUAACAUGACAAGUUUGCCUAUAAUGUCAUUUAUUGUUAUAAUAUAAUUUAAUUGUUUUUAACAUGACAAGUUUGCCUAUUUCAAUUGUAAUACACUAACAUUACAAAUGUAAUGCCAAACAAUAUUAAUUGCCUUUUAUAUAUUAGUGUAAAUAUAUUUGAUAUAUUGUUUUGUAUUUUCCAUAUGUUUUCCCAAAAUUGCAUAUUAAAAUGUGAAA